AAGUGUCAUUAUUGCACAAAAUAUAUGACCGCCUUGUUCGUUUUUUAAAAAUGAUCUAACAAUUAGUAAUCCAAGAAUAUAUGAUCUAUCUACAUUCCAUAACAUCGUUGAUUAUAAACCCUGUAGUUAUGAUGUUUCAUGCCGUUCAUCUGCCAUCAUUUGAUCACACAAAUCGAUCAGAUAAAAUAACUUAUGUGGUGAUUCAAUAAUCAUGACAAGCCCCAACACCGGGAAAAAUGUCAACUCGAAUUUGCUGUUUACUGCAAUUAAAACCAACAAAUAUUACCCAAAUCAUUAAGAUUGUACCACUGGAAGAUUUGGCGGAGGUUAUCAUUGGACGAGAUAAAAAUAUCAAGAUACCAAUAGACUCGAAUAGGGUAUCCCGUAAACAUGCAAUACUUAAUAAAGAUGGAGCUGGUAGUUGGACAGUUGUGGACAACAAGAGUACAAAUGGUACAAUGGUCAAUGAAACCACACUGAAAGGUUCAUACACUCUGAAAGAUGGUGACAUCAUCAAAAUUGGAAUACCUCUCCCAAAUACCAAUGAACCCCAUGCUGCAUUCUUUAAAUUCUGUACAUCUGCCAAAGUGAAAAAGGUGAAAAAAUCCAAUGAUGAUGCACAUACGAAUCAGAAUUUUACUGGUUCUGCUUCACCUUCUAAACGUGCCAGACAUUGUAGAAGUACUAGUCAAUCAACAGGUUCAUCCCAUGGACAUAACUCUAAUAUGAAUCCAUCCAUCCCCUGGUCGCCCUCUGCUCUAGUGAAGCAGAAGCUAGCAGAGCAGGAGAGACUCACCAACGAGAGACUCCGUGAAGCGGAAGAGAAAAUGAAACGAUUACAAGAGGAAGUAAAACUCAAGGAGGAAGAGAGAAGGAAACUUGAAGACGAAAAGAAUACAGAAACUGCUGAACAAAUGGCAGCUUUGCAGGCUUUGCUGCUUGAGAAGGAGCAAGAACAGGAAGAAAUGGCCAAAAAUCUCCAACUGAAUGAACUCAAACUUCAAGAGGAAAAGAAAAAGAUGGAGGAAGAGAGAAUCACUCUUGAAAAAGAUAUGAGAGAACGUAUAGUCCAUGAACUUCAAGUUAAAGAAACGAGCCUAAAGGAACGCUUAGACUCUGAAAAACAGUCUCUUCUUGAAGAAAAACAACGUAUUGAAGAUAACCUCAAGAAAGAAAUGGAGCGUAAACUUGAAGAAAAAGAUAAACUUUUAGAGGAAGAACUUAUUAAGGAAAAGGAAAAACUUGACAAAGUGAUUCAAAGUAAGGAGCUCAAGCAGAGACUGUUAGAGACCCAGCUUAAUGAAACUAGAGAGGAGAAUACCAAGCAGAAGGAAGGCAUGCUGAGAGCAAGGGAGGAUGUUUUAGCCAAUUUUACUGAGAUGAUAGAGACUGAGCUACAGUGCAGCAUAUGUAAUGAGCUGUUUAUACAGGCCACAUCACUAAAUUGUUCCCACUCCUUCUGCUAUCAUUGUAUAACAACAUGGAUGGAGCGCAAGAAAGAAUGUCCUAACUGUCGAGCAAAGAUAACGUCCCAUGUGAAGUCCAUUGUGUUAGACAGUUACAUAGACAAGAUGGCUGCGCAACUGAGUGAGGAGUUGAAAGAAAAUAGAAAGGAACUGAUCGCUGAGAGGAAAGCCAUGUUAGCUGCUAAAGAAGCUGACAAUAAACCAAAGACAGCCCCACAAGCCCAAAAUAACACUGGGGGUGUUAAUACCAGGAGAACCCCCAGAGCUCAAAAUAACAGGGGUGCACAAAAUAACAGAGGUGGACGAAAUACUAGGGGUGCUCAAAACAACUGGGGUGCACAAAAUAACAGGGGUGCCCAAAAUAACAGAGGUGCACAA